AUGACCUCUCUGCUGCGGACUUGCUUCGUCUCGGCCUGCGCCAACACUCUCUUUAACACACGCGACACCAACUCGCUGAACUUCCACAAGGCCGUCGACGCCAGAAGAACGACCCGCCUCCACUCUCCCCUUUUCCCGCACCGCCUCUCCCGACAUUCUCUUGCCAUACCCGCCAGGCCUGGCCGCCGACGAAGACUUCUACGCAAACCAUCACACUCUUUUAAACAACUGAAGCACCAACCCAGGCUCCAACCCAAGCAUCAACCCCAGCACCAACCCAACCUCCAACUCAAGCAUUCCCCCAAGCGAGCCGAGGUAGCUCAACGUCGUCCGGAAACUCCCAAGAAAAUGGACGAGAUGGUGCUGCUCCAACGGUCUAUAGACGAGAACAUGCGGAAGGGCACCUCGACUCCUGAAGCGAGCCGUCAUCCGAGUCGCGGAGGGAGCCGUGACGAAACCAAGCCGCGGCGCUUUCCAGAUGACCCUCUUUCGCCCCCAUCCUCGCACAUGGACGAUCACAUUGAAACUCGUUCAGCGCGAUCCGCCUCAACAACCUCGAGGAGCACGAAUAGGCUGUCCCUGACUUUGCCCAUCGUGCCCCCAUCGGCCUAUCCCCUACGGCCGACACCAGCCUCUACUACCACUCCCGCAUUUCCCCCAACACCCCUCGAUACUCCUUCCCUUAUGUCCCCUGUUGACCCGAACGAUUUUAUUACUGCGAUAGCGGCGCAGGAACGACGCGUGAUGGAACUGAGGGAGGAGCUCAACCGUGCCGAGUCGGACCUUGCAAAACUGAAGAAGCAAUGGGCGACCCAUGAGGCGUACAAGAAAAGGACCGCUGGGCGGCGAAACCCGGAGCCCAUCCCCGGCCUCGGACCAGCCGCCGAGAUGCAGGAUGAAACCGCAGUUCGGCGCAGCGUCGAGAUGGAUAGGAGAAGGGCGCUGCUCGGCCAACAAAGUCAACAAGCAACUCCGGAGACACCAGGGAGAAACCGGCGGCGUGUCUUUAAUGGAAGGCACGCGCGGACCUUGUCGUUACUGUCCCCUACGAGGCCAGGAAGCUCGUUUUCCGCAAAUGAUGAGGAGUCUGGGAGCCCAAAUUUUGAUUUCGACCAUCGUUUGGCGCCUGCCGAACUCCGUCUCCAACCCAAGCGCGCAACCUGGGCGGCGGCGCGACCCACGCAAACCGCCGCAGUGAAGCAACUUGCAGAGGAUCUUAAGUCGGGACUCUGGACCUUCAUGGAAGACUUGCGCCAGGCAACGGUGGGCGAGGAGCCCAUCACCGGCCAAGGGAUGAACGUGCGGGGCACGGACGGCAACAUGAAGUCGGCCACCGUAAGAAACCCCAAUAACGCAGGCGACCAGGAUACCAUCCGCGCGUCUGGCAACCCUCGACCAAGUGUAUCAUCCGCCUUCAACGGAGCACCAAAAGCAUCUAACCAAACGGAAGAAGGCCCAGAGGAAGAAGACAGCGACAACAACAGUAACGGACCCCCGCGGCCCACCACGCUCCGCCGCUCCAAAACGGACGCCGGCGCGCGCAGCACCAAACGCUUCUCUUGGACCCCCUUGAGUGUCGACGCGUACGACGACAACGACUGGUCCAACUGGGACAGCCCGAGCACGCAGUCACCGCGCUGGAGCGGAACCACAGCCAACGGGGACAUCAUCCCAACUAUACCCGAGAAGCGCGCCGACGACGAGAACGAGAACACGUCUCUCAGGAACCAACAGGCCUCCCGAUCCCGCGCCGCCGGUCCGCCGUCUCCAACGCUGUCGGCCGCGGCGACUGAGGUGCUAGACUCUAUUGCGUCCAGCCCCAAUAAGCUUGAGGAUCUGCUGCCGCAGGCACUGAUGAACAGGCUGACCCCGAGCAACCUCAAGCGGACGGCGUCCGAUUUUAUGAAGGAGUGGGAGCGCAGCCUGUCGUCACCUGAGGAGAUCAUGGCGGCGGGCGCGCCCGCGGAGAAGACGGCUUGA